GCCCACCCGGCGCUCUGGCGGCCCCACCCCGGCGGCGCCUGCCUGCCCGCCCGCGCGUCUCUUAGUCCACCUGCACCCGGCAGGAAAGCAGCCUUCCCCGGCUCGGCGGCCCGUGAGGCGCUCGGCGAGCCCGGAGCGUGGGGAGGCUCUUCCUCCCUGGCGGAGGGAUCCACAGCGGCCGAGGAGGCGGCGCCGAGCCUGCGAGGAAGAGGCAGCUAUGGCGGCGGUGGCUGUGGCAGCAGCGCAUAAAAGGGCCGCCGUCGGGUGAUGCGGUGACCGCUGCGGCAGGGCCCAGAAGCUGAGCGGGCCUCGGCCCUCAGCUCGUCGGAUCCGCGCUCCGGAGCUCCCGGUCUUCUCGGGGCCGACUCGCGGCCGCUCGGGUGGUCUCAGCCCCCCCCUCGCCCCUUCCCCGUCCCUCCCUCCCCCGUCCCCGUCCCCGCCCCGGGGGCCCGUCGCCACCGUUCCCCACUAUGGCUCUGAAGAGAAUCCACAAGGAAUUGAAUGACCUGGCCCGAGAUCCUCCAGCACAGUGUUCAGCAGGUCCUGUUGGAGAUGAUAUGUUUCAUUGGCAGGCUACAAUAAUGGGGCCAAAUGACAGCCCCUAUCAGGGUGGAGUGUUUUUCUUGACAAUUCAUUUCCCAACAGAUUACCCCUUCAAACCACCUAAGGUUGCAUUUACAACAAGAAUUUAUCAUCCAAAUAUUAACAGCAAUGGCAGCAUUUGUCUUGAUAUUCUGCGGUCACAGUGGUCUCCAGCACUAACUAUUUCAAAAGUACUUUUGUCCAUCUGUUCUCUGUUGUGUGAUCUCAAUCCAGAUGAUCCUUUAGUGCCUGAGAUUGCUCGGAUCUACAAAACAGAUAGAGAAAAGUACAACAGAAUAGCUCGGGAAUGGACUCAGAAGUAUGCGAUGUAAUUAAAGAAAUUAUUGGGUAACCUCUACAAAUAAAGCUAGGGGAACUCUGAAAGAGAAAGUCCUUUUGAUUUCCAUUUGACUGCUUUCUAUGAGCCCACGCCUCAUCUUCCCCUGUGCACAUGUUUACCUGACACAGCAGUGCUGCGUGUUGUACAUACGUGGAACAACAAACUAGAAAUACUGUACUUCUGUACCAACAUUGCCUCCUAGCAGAGAAGUGUGUGUGUGAGAAGCCAAUUCCCCGGGCGUGACCUAGGUGUGAGACUAAAAGCUUUCCUUAUUGACCUAAAUUUGGAUAAUGGCAAGAUGUGAGGGGUAGUGGGUACACAGUGUGUGCUUGGAUAAGAGGAAAAAAACUCCAGUGACCCGUAGGAGAUUGUUCUUAAGUGGAAUCCAUCUAAUCUCAAACAGUCAAACAAAGUAGGGUAAAGAAGAAGCUGUUUCUGUGUUCAUUUCACCCUGAAGGACCUACAGCUUAGGUAAAGGCUAUGACCAAACAGAUUAAACUCUGCCUGCGUGCUGUAUUUUAAGGUCUAAGUUUAACUGAAGAACAUUUCAAUGGACUGGAGCUGUUAGUACAUAAAGUGUAGUGGGCCUUGUUCCCAACACUUUCACAUCGCCCUGCCCUUUCAGCCUUCUUCAUUUUAGUCCCUUUCCAUAAUCUUUGGUUUGUAUGUGGUUUCUCAGUUAAUACAUAGCUAAUAGCUCUUAUUUUUCUUAUGUUUGUAACUGCUUUAGGCCUAUUUCGAUGUAAGGGUGAAAAUUCAUUUGAUGGAAAUACUUGUGUAUAUUUAAAGACCCAGUUGCUCCUCUGGAGCUUGUACGUAAGAAUGAUUAAUCUGUGUAAUAAACUGAUUACUACAGUCAUUACAUAUAA